GCUAUGCAAUCGCCGUGCCCAAGUUUUAUAGUUCUCCACACGCCCACGUCUCUACAAAAAAACCAGCCUUUAAAGUCGGCAGGAUUUUACGGCAUUUAUUUGAGCCCUGUUCUUCUCCUUCUUCCUUGACUAGGGGUUUCCAUUUCCCAGUUCUUCUCGUCCCUUUCUUAAAGUCGGCAUCUUCCUUUGCUUUCUCCAGUUUCCUCCUACCCAGCACCUUCUUCAAGGGUUUGUUCUUAUUUGAAUAGCCUUUGUUGUAGCUAUUUGCAAAAUGCUGGCUCCUAGUGUUACUGCUCCCUUGCGGCCUUCAUUAUCUACCGGACAUCGAUUAGAGUCACGAAUUGAAUGCAGUAGCCGUUGUGGCUCAGUUAGAAUUCCGAAUCGGAUUAAGCCAAGGGAACUUGGCUUGCAAUCACAACCUAGGGUAGGAAGAAGUAGAAAACAAUCUUCAUCCAUUGCAUGCACCGCAACUGCUUUGCAGAACGCAACUUGCAGUGCAUCAGGACAAACUCAAACUGUUACUCGUGAGGCACCAACGAUCACCCAAGCUCCUGUUCAUUCAAAGGAGAAGUCACCGCAGCUAGAUGAUGGUGAUUCAGGAUUUCCUCCCCGUGACGAUGAUGGUGGUGGAGGUGGCGGGGGAGGUGGUGGGGGCAACUGGUCAGGUGGAUUCUUCCUUUUUGGAUUCCUCGCGUUUCUAGGCUUCUUAAAGGAUAAAGAAAGCGAAGAAGAUUACCGGGACAGCCGAAGAAGAUGAUGAGAUUCUCUACAUAUUGAUAACAUUUUUAGAACCUAUAUUGCAUGUUGUUCUUCAUGUUAUAUACUUUUGAGAACCCAUUGCAUAUCUUUCUUCAUGAUAUAUUUCUAUUUUUGGAACCAAUUGCAUAUUUGAACUAUUUGUAGACUUCAUUCAAACAUGCAAAUAUAUUUAGUUAAAAAUGGACUAAAUUAAA